AUGUCCCGGGCAUAUGGUGGAAGCCAGCAGUUCAGCGCAACUAGACUCACCUUCAAUGGCUGCAACACUGCAGUACAGUUAAUCUGGAAUUGGGGAUGGGUCUGGAAGUGCAUUACUGUCAGAAAUGCCAAAGUUGGUUUCCGUCUUUACAAUGAUGUCAGUAACGAGAUUCCUGGAUCCGCCACAUUCCUCGAUUCGAUGUUUUCCGAUAUCAAGGAAGCGUCCAUUGAAAUGGCGACUCCUCAAGACAAGAUGGACUCCGGCUUUACUGGUCUGGUGCUGGAUAAUGUCAAACUAGCGGCACCAAUCAAAGGUUACAGCAGUUCCAAGCAGAUUCUAGACUCUGGCUACUAUCGGUAUUAUGCAAUGGGAUCUAUUUACAAAAAUAACACCCGCUCCUUUACAAAUGCGCCUCUAAAUUAUACAAGAGAAGCCUCUGUUCUAGGCAACAAAGUCUCUGGUCUUGACGUUGCCACAUUCUAUGAACGAGCCAGAAACCAAUACAAAGACAAGUCAGCUUCAGAUUUCGUACACAUCAAGGAUGAGGGCGCAAAGGGAGAUGGAUCGACAGAUGAUACUCAAGCUGUGCAAAGUGUCUUCAACAAAUAUAAAGGCGGCAGUAAAAUCAUAUACAUCGACGCCGGAACAUACAUUCUCAAGGAUACGGUGAUAAUCCCCAGUGGCGUGAGAAUAGUGGGCGAAACCUGGUCCCAAUCCGCUGCCUAUGGCGACGUUUUCUCCAACGCCGACAAGCCAAAGGUCAUGCUGAGAGUUGGCAACGAGGGCGAUGUGGGCAAUAUAGAGAUGCAGGACCUGAUACUCACAAGUAAAGGCCCUACUCCUGGUGUUGUCCUUAUGGAAUGGAACAUCCAGGCCAAGUCGAAUGGCGAUGCCGCGCUGUGGGAUGUUCACAUUCGUCUUGGCGGCGCUGUUGGAACACAGCUCACGCCGGCUGAAUGCCCCCCUUCCAAGUCUGGCACAAAUCCCGACACAUGCAAGGUCGCCAGUCUAUUGCUUCACAUUACACCAAAGGCUUCUGGCUACUUCGACAACCUUUGGGCAUGGGUGGCCGACCAUCAAAUCGAUGACCCUCAUCUUGAAGAUGCGCAAAACAACAUGGAGCAGCUCUCUGUGUAUAGCGCCCGUGGAAUCCUCGUCGAAAGCCAAAAGGCCACAUUUCUCUAUGGCACAGCUUCUGAGCAUAGUGUGUUCUACCAGUACAACUUUUACAGGGCUAGCAAUAUUGUCACUACGUUUUUGCAGACAGAAUCCGCGUACUUCCAGCCAACGCCGAAACCACCAGCGCCGUUCACAAAUAAUGUUGGGGUUUUUCCCGGAGAUCCUGACUACUCUUGCAAGGAAGCUGAUGAUUUCAACGGCUGUGACUCAUCAUGGGCGGUGGUCAUGACGGAAUUAUCCAACGUUCUCAUUGGUUCUGCUGGAGUCUAUUCAUGGUUCAGCACCUACACUCAGGAAUGCAUCGACAAGCAUAGCUGCCAGAAGUCACUCAUAUACUUGAGCUCCAACUAUGACAACGUUCGCAUACAGCAGGUGAUAUCUAUAGGAGCUAAGAACAUGAUCGUCAGCAGCGAUGGGACUAAGAUUACAUCCGAUGAAAACCAGGCUGUCACAAGCCAUCCUCAGUGGGCUCACAUCAGCCUCUACGACGUGCCGUCGAAAGGAAAGCCCCCUACAAGCCCAGAGGAGAAGAAGUGCGAUAGUGCCGAUUACUUCUACUACGAGGGAGAGUGGCCGAAAUAUGACAUUUCAGGGCUUGUCGGCCUUUCACGCCGCGGUGGUCCACUGGGCAACAGCUCGAACGCGACUUCCUAUAUGCCCGCCUACGCAACCAUUGUGAACCUGACACCUCACAACUUCAAGCAUGUUGGAGGCCCCAAACCAUAUCAGUUUUAUAAGUGGGACUUUGACGACAUUCCGUCCGGCAAGGGCAGGCGUAACGACGCUUGGUAUCAGCAGGCUGGUGUGGAUCUGACAACCACCAACGGGUAUGCCUAUUAUGAGAUUGAGGGCACGAACCAGAAGUUUAACGUGCACGUGACGACAAACAUGGAUGAUGUCAGAUUUCCGCAGCGUAUCUGGUUUGAUCUCCAGGGCAUGGGUAUGGGUGCAAAGGAGUACACGGUCCCGAGCUCCCAGCGGCCGGUGACACUUGUGAUUGGCGGGAGCAAAGAAUACGGCUUCUUCACCUCACUCCAGUUUGGGAAAUACAACUGGAUGAAAGACAUGUAUGAUGUAAUAAAAGACCGAAAGCUGCAUCACGUCGUUGUGCCAGGCUCACACGACGCUGCUAUGAACAACAUCACCAUGGAAGGCUGGUGGGGAUUCGGCUCGGCCGACCACACGGAAACGCAAAGCCUGGAUUUAUAUAAUCAAUUGAAAGUCGGCAGCCGCUAUUUCGAUAUGCGCAUCUCUAGCGUCAACAAUGGGAAGUUCUACGGUGCCCACGUUAGUGAUGAGCUAGGAAAAACUCCGGCCGGAGCGACGGGUCCAUCUCUCGACGACUUGAUUAUCGGCAUGAACCGGUUUUCUAACGACUUUCCAGGCGAGGUUGUUGUAUGGUACAUUAAAUACAUGACAGACUUGAGUAUCAAAGGCGGUACUUACUGGAGCGAGGACAAGAAUAAGGAAUUUUACGACAAGCUGGAGACGAUACACAAUCGCUGCCCUGGGGACCUCGCCGGCAACACACCUCUUAACGAGCUUCCUAUUAGCACCUUUAUGAAUGCGAAUGACGGGAAAGGGUGCGUCUUGCUGCUCAUUGAUGGACGCUUCGACCCCAAGCUCAACGGCCAAACAUUUGUGCGUCCGGACAAGGUAUCUUCUUUGGCCCGCCGGCGCUGGCCCGCAGCGACGUCUGGGCCCAAGAGGCAUGAUCGCAGCGGCUCGCAGGUGUACAACUACUACAUUAUGCAGUGGCAGUGUACGCCGGUACUCGACCCCAUCCAACCUGUGGCUGUGUAUGAGUCCAACCCGACGCUCUACUACUACGGACUGAACUACAUGACACCAAAGACGUUCCCGACGGUGAUUCUACACGACGCUGUCGGCCUGUUCCGCACCGACCAAAUCACAGAAAAAUACUACGACCCGACUAUGCAGGUGUUUGUGCGCGGGCUCAACCUGUACAUGGUCAGCCAGAACUGCAAGGUUAGCAAGUCCAAGAACCCGCUGGUGAGACCGCCCAACAGAUCCAAGAAGGCCGUUGCUGGAAUUACCUCGGUAUCAGAUCAUUUCGACGGUAUCAUCUUUGCAAAUGGAACGACGCUUGAUACCGUGCCGAAUGGCUUUUGCUUUUCUCAGGCGUCAUGCCCUAGGCUAAACUAA